AUGGGAGCGCUCCUUGUUGACAGGCGCGCGGCGGCCGGCGGGGGUCGAGGCGGACCGGCUGUUGCCGUGGAGACGCCUGAGGAGUUCCUGGAGGCCCCGCUGCAGCCACCAUUGAUUCUUUGCUGCGGGCUGCAAAGCCCGGCGCCAGCCUUCCACCUCCCGGAGCGGCCGUGCGAGAUUCGAAUUGCAGCCUUGAAUGCCAGCUCCACAGUUGAGGAUGAUCAUGAAGGAAGUUUUAAAAGUCACAAAACCCAGACGAAGGAGGCCCAGGAAGCAGAGGCUUUUGCCUUGUAUCACAAGGCUUUGGAUCUGCAGAAACACGACCGGUUCGAGGAGUCUGCCAAAGCCUACCAUGAACUUUUGGAGGCACGUCUGCUGCGGGAGGCAGUUUCGUCUGGCGAUGAGAAAGAGGGGCUGAAGCAUCCUGGGCUGAUGCUGAAAUACUCCACGUAUAAGAAUCUGGCCCAGCUGGCGGCACAGCGGGAGGACCUGGAGACAGCCAUGGAAUUCUACUUGGAGGCCGUCAUGCUGGACUCCACCGAUGUCAACCUUUGGUACAAAAUUGGCCAUGUGGCCCUGAGGCUCAUCCGGGUACCCCUGGCUCGCCACGCUUUUGAGGAAGGGCUGCGGUGCAAUCCCGACCACUGGCCCUGCUUGGACAACCUCAUCACGGUCCUGUACACCCUCAGCGAUUAUACAACCUGUCUGUAUUUUAUCUGCAAAGCUCUGGAGAAGGAUUGCCGCUACAGCAAAGGGCUGGUCCUCAAGGAGAAGAUCUUCGAGGAGCAGCCUUGCCUCCGGAAGGACUCGCUCCGGAUGUUCCUCAAGUGUGACAUGUCCAUCCACGAUGUGUCGGUGAGUGCGGCCGAGACUCAGGCCAUUGUGGACGAGGCUCUGGGGCUGCGCAAGAAAAGGCAGGCGCUGACCGUCCGGGAGAAGGAGCCGGACCUGAAGCUGGUGCAGCCCAUCCCCUUCUUCACCUGGAAGUGCCUUGGGGAGAGUUUGUUGGCCAUGUACAACCACCUCACCACGUGCGAGCCCCCGCGGCCCAGCCUGGGCCGGAGAAUUGACCUGUCGGACUAUCAGGACCCCAGUCAGCCGGUGGUCUCCUCGGUGGCAGUGGCGCCUGUCAGAGUGAUCCAGCCGAGCCCCGUCAGCGCCAACCCGGCUGUGACUGUGGUGGAGCCCGUGCUCUCCUACACCCCCGUGGCCACGGCCGGCUUCCCGCUGCACAGUGCCAGCCUGCUGGAGACCGGCAUUCCCUCUGGUGACGUUUCCGGGGGAGAUAAAUCCAAGAAAGGAGUGAAGCGGAAGAAGAUUACAGAAGAGAGUGGAGAGACAGCAAAGAGGCGGUCGGCCCGGGUCCGAAACACCAAGUGUAAGAAAGAGGAGAAGGUGGAUUUCCAGGAGCUCCUGAUGAAGUUCUUGCCGUCCAGGCUGAGAAAGUUGGACCCUGAGGAGGAAGAGGACCCCUUUAACAACUAUGAAGUCCAGUCAGAAGCCAAACUGGAGAGCUUCCCCAGCAUUGGCGCGCACAGACUGUCUUUCGAUUCGGCCACGUUCAUGGAAUCUGAGAAGCAGGACGUGCACGCAUUCCUGCUGGAGAACCUGACGAACGGGGGCAUCCUGGAGCUGAUGAUGCGCUACCUGAAGGGCAUGGGCCACAAGUUCCUGUUGGCGUGGCCCCCAGGCCUGGCAGAGGUCGUGCUCAGCAUCUACCACAGCUGGAGGCGGCACAGCACCAGCCUGCCCAACCCACUGCUGAGGGACUGCAGUAACAAACACAUCAAGGACAUGAUGCUGAUGUCUCUUUCCUGCAUGGAACUCCAGCUGGACCAGUGGCUGCUGACCAAGGGCAGAAACUCUACAGUGUCUCCUCGGAACUGCCCUGCGGGUGUGGUGAACGGCAGGUUCGGCCCUGAUUUCCCGGGAACCCACUUCCUCGGCGACCUCCUGCAGCUGUCAUUUGCCUCCUCCCAGCGGGACCUGUUUGAGGACGGCUGGUUGGAGUUCGUCGUCCGUGUUUAUUGGUUGAAGGCUCGGUUCCUGGCGCUGCAGGGAGACAUGGAGCAGGCCCUGGAGAACUAUGACAUCUGCACGGAAAUGCUCCACAGCUCCACAGCCAUCCGGGCAGAGGCUGGGGCAGAGCCAAGGGACAUCGUUAUCCGCCUGCCCAACCUCCACAAUGACUCUGUUGUCUCUCUAGAGGAGAUUGAUAAGAACUUGAAGUCCCUGGAGCGGUGCCAGUCCCUGGAGGAGAUUCAGCGGCUCUACGAGGCGGGUGACUACAAGGCCGUGGUGCACCUGCUGCGCCCCACCUUGUGCACCAGUGGCUUCGACCGGGCCAAGCACCUGGAGUUCAUGACGUCCAUCCCCGAGCGGCCCGCUCAGCUGCUGCUGCUGCAGGACUCCCUGCUCCGCCUCAAGGACUACCGCCAGUGUUUUGAGUGCUCCGACGUUGCCCUGCACGAGGCGGUGCAGCAGAUGGUGAACGCGAGCGAGGCGGCGGCCAAGGAGGAGUGGGUCACGACCGUGACGCAGCUGCUGCUGGGGAUCGAGCAGGCGCUGUCGGCCGGCGGCAGCGGCAACAUCCUUAAGGAGUCGUCCUCAGCCUCCGGCCUGGUCCGGCUCACCAGCAACCUCAUCCAGGUCAUCGACUGCAGCAUGGCGGUGCAGGAGGAGCCCAAGGAGCCCCACGUCUCCUCCGUGCUGCCCUGGAUCAUCCUGCACCGGAUCAUCUGGCAGGAAGAGGACACCUUCCGCUCCCUGUGCCACCAGCAACAGCUUCAGAACCCUGUGGACGAAGUGAUGUCCGAGACGCCCAUGCUCCCGUCCUCCCUCAUGCUGCUCAACACCGCCCACGAGUACCUGGGCAGGAGGUGCUGGUGCUGCAAUUCAGACGGGGCUCUGCUGCGAUUCUACGUGAGGGUGCUCCAGAAGGAGCUGGCUGCGUCUGCCUCUGAGGACACGCACCCCUACAAGGAGGAGCUGGAGACGGCCCUGGAGCAGUGCUUCUACUGCCUCUACAGCUUCCCCAGCAAGAAGAGCAAGGCGCGCUACUUGGAGGAGCACUCCGCCCAGCAGGUGGACCUUAUAUGGGAGGAUGCCCUGUUCAUGUUUGAUUAUUUUAAGCCCAAGACCCUUCCUGAGUUUGACAGUUACAAGACCAGCACCGUGUCCGCUGACUUGGCCAACCUCUUGAAGAGGAUCGCCACUAUCGUGCCCCGCACGGAGAAGCCAACCCUGAGCCUCGAAAAAGUCUCUGCCUACAUCGAGGGGACCUUAGCUGAGGCGCCCUGCCUCCCAGAAGGGGCAGACCCCUCCCCUCCUGUGGUGAACGAGCUCUACUACCUGCUGGCUGACUACCACUUCAAAAACAAGGAGCAGUCCAAGGCCAUCAAGUUCUACAUGCACGACAUCUGCAUCUGCCCCAAUCGGUUUGAUUCCUGGGCAGGCAUGGCCCUGGCCCGGGCCAGCCGCAUUCAGGACAAGCUGAACUCCAAUGAGCUCAAGAGUGAUGGGCCCAUCUGGAAGCACGCCACGCCGGUCCUGAACUGCUUCCGACGGGCCCUGGAGAUCGACAGCUCCAACCUGUCCCUGUGGAUCGAGUACGGCACCAUGUCCUACGCUCUGCACUCGUUUGCCUCGCGCCAGCUGAAGCAGUGGAGAAGCGAGCUGCCCCCCGAGCUGGUACAGCAGAUGGAAGGCCGGCGCGACAGCAUGCUGGAGACCGCCCGGCACUGCUUCACCUCGGCGGCCCGCUGCGAAGGGGACGGGGACGAGGAGGAGUGGCUCAUCCACUACAUGCUGGGCAAGGUGGCCGAGAAGCAGCAGCAGCCGCCGGCCGUCUACCUCCUGCACUACAGGCAGGCCAGCCACUACCUGCACGAGGAGGCCGCCCGCUACCCCAAGAAGAUCCACUACCACAACCCGCCCGAGCUGGCCAUGGAGGCCCUGGAGGUCUACUUCCGGCUCCAUGCUUCCAUCCUGAAGCUCCUGGGGAAGCCCGACUCGGGCGUCGGCGCUGAGGUCCUGGUCAGCUUCAUGAAGGAGGCUGCUGAAGGGCCCUUUGCCAGGGGCGAGGAGAAGAACACGCCCAAAGCGUCAGAAAAGGAGAAGGCCUGCCUGGUGGACGAGGACUCCCACUCUUCAGCUGGGACGCUGCCGGGCCCCGGAGCCUCGCUCCCCUCCUCCUCUGGCCCAGGUCUGACAUCCCCACCUUACACAGCCACUCCGAUUGACCACGAUUACGUCAAAUGUAAAAAACCCCAGCAGCAGGCGACGCCGGACGAGCGCAGCCAGGACAGCACGGCUGUGGCACUCUCCGACUCCAGCUCCACCCAGGACUUCUUUAACGAGCCGGCCAGCUCCCUGGAGGGCCUCCGGAAGCCCUACGCAGAAAAGAGGCUGCCCGUGGCCAGUUCCCAAGCAGGACCUGCCGGUAAAGACCUGCCGGCGGCCUCCGAGGAUAGAGGGAAAGCGGACGAGUCCUUGGAGAGCCCAGAAGGCUUCCGGGCCACAGAACAAGGCAGCCAGAGACCUAGUGCAGACCCCCCGGCCGCUGCCUGCGUCCCUGUCAGGGCCCCCGUGGCUGCACCUGCCCAGUGGGAUGGGCGGAAGAGAGGAGACCCCCCAGGGGAGCCCGCUGCGUUCCCUCAAGGGCUGCCCGCGGGCGCUGAGGAGCAACGCCAGUUCCUCACCGAGCAGUGCAUCGCCUCCUUCCGCCUGUGCCUCAGCCGCUUCCCCCAGCACUACAAGAGCCUGUACCGGCUGGCCUUUCUCUACACCUACAGCAAGACCCAUCGGAACCUCCAGUGGGCCCGCGACGUGUUGCUAGGCAGCGGUAUCCCGUGGCAACAGCUGCGGCACAUGCCGGCACAGGGGCUCUUCUGCGAGAGAAACAAGACCAAUUUCUUCAACGGCAUCUGGCGGAUCCCUGUGGACGAGAUCGACCGGCCGGGCAGCUUCGCCUGGCACAUGAACCGCUCCAUCGUGCUGCUGCUCAAGGUGCUGGCCCAGCUCCGGGACCACAGCACCCUGCUGAAGGUGUCCUCCAUGCUGCAGCGGACCCCGGACCAGGGCAAGAAGUAUUUGCGAGAUGCUGACCGCCAGGUGCUGGCGCAGCGGGCCUUCAUCCUUACUGUGAAGGUGCUGGAGGACACCCUGAGCGAGCUCUCCGAGGAAACCGAGCGCCCAGGACCCAAGGCCUGUGGCGGCCCUGGAGCCAGGAUGACCACCGAUGUCUCCCACAAGGCCAGUCCCGAGGAGGGCCAGGAGGGCCUCCCCCAUCCCAAGAAGCCCCCUCUGGCAGAUGGCUUGGGGCCAGGGCCAGAGCCCGGGGGCAAAGCGGGCGCCCUCAACCACCGGCCUGCGGCCACCGAUGUUGGGGACAGCACAGACCAGGGUGGGGAGCGGAAGGACAAGGAGAGCCUCCGGGCAGGGCCCACAGAGCCCAUGGACACAGGCGAGGCCACACGGCGCUUGGACGUCGAGCGGGCCCCAACCCUGGCCCAGGGCCGCACCCCUCGGGACCGGGGCCCCGAGAACCGGCCCACCGAGCUGUCCCUGGAGGAGCUGAGCAUCAGCUCGCGGCAGCAGCCCAGCACCCCGGCCCCAUCGCAACCCGCCCCCGCCACCACUGCCACCGCCAAGGGCGGGGGCUCCCUCGAUGAGGCGCCCCCGCGGCCCAGCCGCAAGAGGAAGCUCCUGGAGGACACCGAGUCAGGCAAGACGCUGUUACUGGAUGCCUACCGCGUGUGGCAGCAGGGGCAGAAGGGCGCAGCCUGCGACCUGGGCCGCAUCGAGAGGAUCAUGUCUGAGACCUACAUGCUCAUCAAGCAGGUGGAUGAGGAGGCGGCCCUGGAACAGGCUGUGAAGUUCUGUCAGGUCCACCUUGGAACCGCGGCGCAGAGGCAGUCCGCAGGGGACGCACCCACCACCCCGAAGCACCCCAAGGACAGCCGAGAGAACUUCUUCCCUGCGGCAGCCGCCCCUGCAGCCCCUGAUCCUGCCCCCGCAGACACCCUCCAGCGGCCCAACGACCCCCACGCCAAGUCCCGCCCUGCGCCAGCCUCCGCCACCGUCCCCUGCCCCCCGUCCAUGUCCGCCUCGACACCAGACCUGUCCAGGGACCCCGGUCCUCCCCGGCCACCCCGGCCCGAGGCCACCCCCAACCUGCCCUGUCUGGGCUCAGGGGAGGAGCCACCAGGAGGGGCGGAGCCGAGCCCCAGCGAGCAGGUGAAGAUGGCCCCCGAGGGUGCCCCGGCAGAGCUGCACCGCUGGGCGGUGGAGGCAGGCGCCGAGCCCACCUGCAGCCAGGUCGCCAGUGCCAGGCUCCCCGGCAGCGCGAGCACCCAGCACCCCGAGGGCCAUUCCGGCAAAGCCGAGCCCAGCCGGGCCAAGUCACGCCUCCUGCCCAGCAUGCCCAAGUUGGUCAUCCCCUCAGCGGCCACCAAGUUCCCUCCCGAGAUCACCGUCACGCCACCCACCCCGACCCUGCUCUCGCCCAAGGGCAGCAUCUCGGAGGAGACCAAGCAGAAGCUGAAGUCGGCCAUCCUGUCUGCCCAGUCAGCUGCCAACGUUCGGAAGGAGAGCCUGUGCCAGCCGGCCCUGGAGGUGCUGGAAACGUCGAGCCAGGAGUCCUCACUCGAGAGCGAGACAGACGAGGAUGAUGACUACAUGGACAUCUGAGUGGGCGCGUUGCCCGCCCGCCUGCCUCGCCCCAGCGGGGGCUCUUCCCCGGGUCCGUGCCCCACUGCAUGGACGCAGCGGAGCCCAGCUCAGCCCAGGGCAUGCAGCUCCCGCUCCGCCCCGAAGGGCCCUGUCUAUGAAAUCUGACUCUGGUGUAGCCACCCCCGGCCCAGGUGGUCACUGGGUGGGGGAUGGCACCCAGGGUCGGGCUCCCCCGCUCCCUUUUUUGGUUUUUCUAAUAAAGACGGAACAGUUGUCUCCAC